GCUCCAUCAAGCAGACAGGUCAGAGUAUUACACUUCUCCAUUACUAUGUUUACAGUGCCUCUUUGAGGUUGUUUCUGUAUUAUAUUUUUUAUAUACUUUGCUGUAUGUUCUUGCUGUGCUUCUGUGUUUCUGUUAUUUCACAGAUAUUAUGUAGAUUUAACGUUAUCCUUAUUUCAUAACCUUUGGUUGUGAUUAAUAUCACUUGUAAUUUAUCAGUUUUAUAGGCAUUUCAUCCUUUGUUUUGUAUUUAAUAGAAGUCAUAUGUAUUUUAUGACAUGGAUUUAAUAGGUGUUAAGUCAAUAAUAAAAUUUACACCUAAUAGGUUUUAUGUAUAGUUAUGGUAGAUGUACUUUAUACCAUAUGUAUCAUGACUUUUCUGGCCUUCUAUACCUGGGGCAUCUGUGGUCCCUCUCUCCCCACUUUCCUCCUUCUCUCCAGGGUCUCAUGGGGAUUCUGGGUCUGGCUGGGGCUUAACCCCUUGCCUCCCGCGGUUCCCAUCGGCUCCAGCUGGCUCCAGGGCAUUAACCCCUUCUUCCGGCCUAUCCGUUCGACCCCUUCCUCCUACAACCCUCAGGGGGACGGCCGGACUCACUGCACUCACUCGCUCAGGCUGCCCCAUACCGUACACCCGGUAAUGUGCUGGAUACUUUCCAACAUCCACUACCUUAGUGCAGGGCAGUCUGUGGGGUGACCAUGAGGUAGCCCAAGGAUGACGCGGUGGCCAUCUUUGAUCCCGCGUCUACCGAGACUCCAGGGACCGUGUUCCCCCUCCUUUACUCUCGGCGGCCAUCCUUAAUCUCGCGUCUUGCAAGAUUAUGGGCGGCCGUUUUGCUUCUCUCGUGGCUCACGAUGCUCUGACACGGACAUUAGACCCAGGCAAUAGUAAGCUAACUGGACUAUUAUUUACAGAUUUGAGUUGUACUCAUGUAUAGUGGUUCGAGGUGCUGGAACCUUAAGGAAUAUCACCUCCAAAAAUCCCUUAACCUCUUAAGGACCAAACUUCUAGAAUAAAAGGGAAUCAUGACAUCUCAUGUGUCCUUGAGGUGUUAAAGGGAUAGCACCCUCAAAUUCCUUAAAUAUACCAUUCUUGGACCCUUAGAGGUAACUCCUUAAAGGAAUACCACCAUGAAACUACUUAAAAGGGAUACCAAAUCCUUAAAGGGAUAUCACUCUUGAAUUCCUUAAAGGGAUAGCACCUUUUGGAUACAAACCAUCAAGAUGGUACUAUAUAAGUACAUAUCUGUGAUGGGAGAUUUGAAGGGAUAUCACCUGGAUCAGGGUUCAGGAAGACUAGGUCUGGUAAUGGAUGAUCAAAGGGAUGACUCCUAUCCCUUAGACUACCUGUCAGAACACGACAGACGGAGCUUAGAGCUAGUUCUAUAUCCUAUUAUCCCUCAGAGGUCAGUCACUUUUGUCUCAUUACUGCCAUAUUAGGCACUAAAGGGCUUAUUACCCUGUGCCUGCCUGAGGUGCUGCUUUUUGGAAGUCGCCCUGUGGCCACUUCUGUGAUCCUGGGUGAGGCCCAGGUAUACAAAUCCCAAUAUUGUGGCUUGCCGUGGUGGGACAAUUUGACAACACUAAGUGACAGAUACAGAAUACCCUGCCGAGGUUAUUACACCUUACUGUUAUUUAUACAGACCCUGCUGGGGUCCACUAGCAUUAUUUACACUACAACAGAUACCCUACUGAGGUACCCCAUAUUGCACACCCUGCUGGGCUUGUUUUCGUACAUUGGGACAAUAAAUUGCACAUUACUACACGCUGCUGGGGUCUGCAUGGUGCAUUGCACACAAUGAAAUGGAUUGUGCUCUCAUCCAGUCUGUUUUAUUUGGCUGCGACCCACGCUUGACUGGUACAUACCCCGCGCACCUGAGAUGAUCUCUGACUAGGUACAAGACAAUUUAUUCGGCUAAAAAGGGGACAGAGUCACAAGCUUCAGCCCAGAAUAUCCCCCAUGGCGUUGCAUUAAUUAUUGGAAGAGUUGUAGGACACUCUACAUCAGGCUGAUGGCCAGCACUGAUGGGUUCAUACCCUGUGCAACUGGGGUGAGCCCCCUACAGCACUGCUGCUACUACUCCUACCCCCUCAACAGCAAGCUCAAAAGGUUGAAAACCCGAACUUUGGAUCUGAGACCGGCGCUUACAGGUUCAGACAUGGUGCUCUUGGGUUGAGACCCCUACGAUGGGGGAGUCACACUACCCGACCGAAGGAAGUCUUACGGAAACCACCUCUACCUACAACUGAAGGAAUACCUCCAUUGAUAAUGAAUCAUGAUACGGUGCGCGUUUAUGCCCUGUACCUAUUCUAUGGCCUGCAGUUAAAGGCCCACACCCUAUGCACAAGUCCUGGCUAGGCGUGCACUGCACUAAAAUGCCGAACAGAGGCAUGCGGUUACAACCGCUGAACAGGAGUUCCGAGCCGCCUACUUAACAAUAUAUAUUCCCCUUGAGUUGAAUUUAAUAAUGGAAGAGGUGACUGACACUAUCAGGGCAAUGGCCAGCACCUAAGGGUUCAUAACCUGUGCACCCGGGGUGAGCCCCCACUAUACGUGCGCUGCAUGGUGCUGAUGAGCAGAGGCAAUUCUAUGGCAACCUCUAUGUACUGGGUGAGCCCCAGUCUGUUUUAUUUGGCCACGAUUCAGAGUAAGACCCGCAAGGGUUUCAGUGGACACUGCCUACUGUCAUGGUAGACUGAUCUGUUUGCCCUGCAUCCUGUGCCUGAAUACUGGUUUGUGCCUUACAUAGGGGUAUCCCUUAAUACGAUAAACCUACUUGACAACAUUAUGCACUCGUGGCUUUGCAGACUCUUGCUUAGAAUGUCGAUAUUCGCUGACGGUCGGACAAACCCAUGCCCUUCCAUGAUGGUCAAAACGGCUCAGACGACUAUAGUGACCAACGGUUUCACGACCUUACCAUGGGCGAUGCUGGAUGCCACCAAACAUCGUCCGGGAACGGGCAUACAACUUGGGUAUAUGGACUCAAAAAACUGUUUCUGCUCCUCGCAGGAAACCCCAGUGUUGGCCUCUCCCAUAGGAUGCCCAUAGCAGCACUCCUCCGCACUGACGGAUAGUUGGCAGUACUGAGUGCCAAGAUAGUCUGAACCCCAGGCACAAGGCACAAAGUUCCAAAGGGAACUUAGACACGCAAGGGUCCCGUGGCUUUCAUAAGGGCCCAAAUCCCUACAAGGGAUUCUAUGGAACCGGUUGGCAACAGAGCCAGUCGUCGACCACUUUGGGACAUCUGACCCGAGAUCCGCUACCGUUGGUUGACUCUCGUUGUAUGGGUAAUAGAACUAGCUCUAUUAUCCAUAUAGAGCGAGAGUCAACCAAUGGUGCUCCAGAUAAGCGGACAGAGAACACUGUACCCACAGAUACCAUCAAAUAUACCUCCUACUACAUCCACAGGGGAUUUCACCACAUCUAGGUGAAAGGCACUCAAUCCUGGGGGAAGACGAAUUUGACUUAGUCAACAGACUUGCGUUCAGGACCUAAAGACACAUCAGGACGGUCUUCUUCCUUCCCGCUCGACCACCUUAUCCAGUUUUCAGGGGAUAUCCUCUCUUUCCCGAUCCAGUAGCUCGGAGCCUGGAGGGCCCUGACAAACUAACGAAAGAAGAUAGAGAUAGAGAGAGAUAUUAUAUAUAUAUAUAUAUAUAUAUAUAUAGAGGCAGGGAAGAGGAGACACUCUUCUGGGAGAACCUCAGUCAGAUCACUCCAGGGAACUGAAAACUCAACAUCCACGUUCAUCCGAGAACCGUCUGGAACCUCCAGACUUGUAGAAGACUAUUGGCUCAGAAGAUUCAUAGACUAUUCCACAACUUGGGAAAAUUCACACGACUCUCCGCGGCACCACCGCGACCCUGUACAUUGUAUACCUAGACUUCUUGGUCCUAUAUUUCACAAUACAUGGAUUGAUAAAGAAGUACUAGAUCGGCUGCACCCUACUGCAGGUAACCACAUAUUAGGCGGUCAGGUUUUACAUCCACCGAGAUGGACCAACUCACGUUUAUCAGACAACAUGUAGGCUCCUUCUAUCCCAGUCUUCUUCACAGAAGAUCAACCCGUCUCCCAGGGGAGACACAGCUCAUAGGGGUCGACUGAUUAGGAUAUUACCACUCGUCACAGUAUAAGUUGAGGCACGAUGGUUAUCGCGCUCCGUCCGACCUGGCGUCACCGAAGGACUUAUGCUUCUCAUGCUCUGGUAUGGGCAACCGCUGUACAACAAGAGGCAACCGCUAUACAACAAGACACCAACCAUUUCCUGGCUGCACAGGUUAAGAACCUGAGGGAAGCUCAGCAGAAGCAUAGAGCUGCCCUUACUGAGGAUUGCCCCCUGCAUGGAGCGUGUGGUCAAGGGACCCCAUAACCAAGCUACUGACAUCCUGCAAAAGAUGACAGAGGCAGUUGAAGAAGUCUUUAGCAAGCUGAAAAGCAUGGGGGCAGCAAAGCAUGAUGUUGAGAAACACGCAGAAGAGAGAGAACAGGAAUUAGAAGGCAAGAAGGAUAAGAUUGAGCCUGAAAGUAGUGAUAAUGUGGAAGAGGGUGAACAGCCAGCUGUAUCCUCCAAGGACCAAAAAGGAAAAAAAGUUAGUAUAGAGACCUGCAAAACUAAAAAAAAAAAGCGGAAUUGUCAAGAGACAGUGAUGGUGACACUGAUGACGUGCACCAAAGUAAAAAAGGUCAGAAGAAUCAGAAGGGAGAGCGAAAUAAACUGAUUAGUGAAGUUGACAAGUGUUUGAGAAUCAAAAUAUUGCAGCUUCACGUGAAAGCCUCAAACUUGCUCUGAGUGGCAUCACAACAGAUAAAGAGGUCUUAGAAAAAGAGUUGAAAACAAAAAUAGUCUCACGCUCAAACUGAAUCUUGCAUGUUUCAAGAGAAUGCUGGAAAGACAUUAGAAAACAGAAAGAUACUGAUAAAUCUUCUCAAGGCAAAAAAAGGAGAAAUAAUGACUGACUGAGGCCAGCAGUGUCAAGUCGGUUUGUGCUAUAAAGAAUGAGACAAGUGAAAACACACAGUGUAAAGGUGAUAAGACUAAAGCAUGCAGAAACAUCCUAAAGAAAAUUUCAAAGAUGAGAAAAAAAAAAUGUAUGCAAGGCCGAGUGUUGGUGGUAAGUAAAAACCACCCAGAAGGUGCAAGUAAAGCUAGUGAAUACAGCCAGGGAAAGAAAAAUGAAGCAGAAGCCCCAGAUGUACACCCAAGUGAACAAGUCAAAGGCAUUAAAAGCAGACUGACUUGGGGAGUCAGAAGACAACAGCAGAGAAGCUGAGCAAAAUGGAGAGAAGCAAAGCACCCCAGUUGAGGAUAACCAUGCGGUGCACUGUUUAGUAGCCGAGGCUACCCAAGAAUGUCGACCGGCUAUUGAACAGUUGGGCAGAGAAAAGCAAGGCAGAGAAGUAGAGUCAAAAUAAGAAAGGCAAAGUAGCCGCUUCUGAUCUAAGCCAAGAGAGAGCGACAGUUACAAAACCAAGCUGUGAUGAUAAGAUGGGCACAUCCACAGCUAAGCCAGACCAAGGGAAAAGUGACAAAGUAGGUGACAUUGGCAUAGCAGAAUUAAAUAUUUCAGAGACACCUGGUACUGCUACAAGGCCUGGGCGCACUGACUACCUAGAACAGCUGCCAGAUUCUGGGAACACAGUCAUGGAAUUAAAGGCGGGACACGGACUGGGGCUGUCAUUACCCAGCGAGAGUCCAUGACUGUCUCUGGACACCACCAAGGGAGGACCUCUCUAUGACAGCCCAGAGGAAAGCAUUGCUGACAUGGAGAGGUGGCCACUCAAGGCCAAGCGGACGAUACCACUGGGGAGGAAACCAGGCAAAGGAAAAAUGCACUAAGCCGGGAGUCUGGGACUCCAGCAGAUAAACAGCGCUCCAUACCAGUCCAGGCAGAGCAUGAUGGGAUGGAGCUGGGAUCAAAGGCUGCAUUCCAUAUGCAAAUUAAUGAGUGUAAAGGAGACAAUGUAUGAUUGCAAAUGAAAGAUGCUCAUUCAGUCUAAAUUACCAGAUUUUGUUCAGAUUUACAUUUAGUAAAUAUGAGAAUUGUUCAUUCGGCUUCAUAUUCAGUCCUUUUGUAUGAAAAGUUCAGACCUUAUUGAGUAACCUCAACAAUUUUUCAACCUUGGUGAUAUCAGUCAGAAUUGCUGUUCAUAUAUAUCUAGAUUUGUGUAACUAUGAGGCACCUAGUGUUAGUAUGCAGUAAUUCACCAUUUGCCAUCAACUCUAGGAAUGAGAAGCUGACAGCUUAGAUUUUAAUGAAAAUAGAACAAAAUGCUUUACUAGCACAUUGUAUCUAUUUUAAUAAUGAGUAUUCAUAUAAUUAUUCAAAUAGUUUUGGUUUUAUGAUUUUAUAGUGUGGGAUAUCCACUCUCUUCAAUAUGAAAUAUACAUUACAAGUAAAUUAAACAAUUAUAUUUUGUGAAAAUGUGCACUUUCCCCCCUCUUUUUUUUUUAUGUUUCUUUAAAAAAAAAAUAUAGCAAAAGAAAAAAAAAAAAUGGAGGGGGUAACAAAAGAUAAUCCAAAAUUAAAUCCAGAUAAUUUUAAUUGAUACUUUAAAAAAAAAAAAAAUCCUGAUAGGAUAAUGAAUAAGACACACUGCACAUUCUAUAUAGACUGACUAUGUGAAACCUAAAAAAAAAGACACUCGUGCAAAUAAAAUAUAAACACAAAUAAUAAUAAUAAUAUAUACAGGUUGAGCAACUCUUGUCAGCUAUAGUAUAUAUGUAGUUAGGUAAUUAUAGUUUGCUCAGUUAUGUGUGUGUGCGCUCGUGAACAGAUAAAUAGCUAUAUUAAGCUUUCACUAAUAUAAUAUCUAUAUCACCAAUUGAAUAUUUUAAUCCAAAGGAUAUAUAUAUAUCUAUAUAUCUAUAUAUCUAUAUAUAUAUAUAUAAUUAGGGGUUAUUGAACUCACCCAUGGUAAACGCUUCACCACAGAUAUAGGUUACAGUGGUAUAAAUAGGAGGGAGGUAAAUUUAGGUAUCUUAACUACCCACCCUCUUCUAAAAUCCCAAAUUUUAAGAUUAAUUGGUCUUUAUAAAAAGAUCACACAUCCCCCAUCACAGGACACUGAAAAUCAGAGAGAUACUGGUUUUUGAUCAAAUAAUUAAAUUAUGUGCACAAUUUCUCAGAGAGAAUGGUACAUAUGUUGGUCAAUAUCAGGACUGGGUUGCGAAGAACAAAAAUUGGCUACUUUGGUGCUAUACUCGCUUUGAAAGUCAAAGUUAACUCACUGAUGGAACUGUUGUUUGUCAGAGUCACAGAUUGUAAAGAUUUAGUGCAGAUAACUGCUUUUAUAAAUUGGUACUAAACGGUGGAAAGGUAAAUUAACCCAGCGCUGCAAUCUUAGUCAAUUUGCUUUAACUCACUCACUGCUGUAGCUCUCGUUUGUCAGAGUUACAAGUUACAAAGGUAAAAUACAAAAAAGUGCUCUUAUAAGUCUCCAUUAAUUCAGCCUAAUUAAUUCUCCUAUUUAAACCGGGAAAAUUCAACUUCCCGGCUAAUCUCUGAAGAACUAAUCGGCGAAAGCGCGUUAGGGUGAUUAGGGGUAGCUAACUGACUUUCCGUUACCUUAGAUAAAUACCAAAAGACAGCCCAAGCAACUGGGUAUCUAACUGAUAUUUAGCCACCUUAGAAAAGAACCAUCCGACAGCAAAAGAAACUGGGCAUCUAGGGUGACUAUGGGACGUUUAUCCAAUAUUAAUGCACCUUAGAAUUGCAAUUACAGACAAUCAGGGCACUUGGAAGAACUCUCACUGAAAUUGAGCAAUUCAAAGAACCAAGCUACCAGUUAAGACAUUACAGUAUACUGCAUUAUCGGACUAAUGUCUCAGACCUAUUGAGGAUACUUGUUUAGAACUAAAAAAAAUCUUCAUAAUCUAAUUCACCAAUUUUUACAGGAAUUAGAUAGAUUAGUAAUCUACACUGCAAAUAAAACCAGGGUUUACAAGCUUAGAUAUUAAAAACUCCUUACGCUCAACUAAUGCAGACUUAUAAAAAGUCUAUUUUGUAUUUUACCUUAGUAACCUGCAACUCUUUGACAAACGAGAGCUACAGCAGUAAGUGAGUUUAAAGCAGAUUAACUAAAAGAUUGCAGAGCUGGGGUAACUACCUUUCCAUUGCUUAGUGCCUACUUAUAAAAGCAGUUAUCUGCACUAUAUCUUUACAAUCUGUGACUCUCUGACAAACAGUUACAGCAGUGAGUGAGUUAACUUUGACUUUUAAAGCGAGUAUAGUACCAAAGUAGCCAAUUUUUUAGCAACCCAGUCCUGAUAUUGACCAACAUAUAUACCAUUCUCUCUGAAAAUUUGUGCACAUAAUUUCAUUAUUUGACCACAAGUAUCUCUGAUUUUUCAGUGUCCUGGGAUGCGGGAUGUGUGAUCUUUCUAUAAAGACCAAAUUAAUCUUAACAUCUGGGAUUUUAGAAGAGGGUGGGUAGUUAAGAUACCUAAAUUUUACCUCCCUCCUAUUUAUACCACUGUAACCUAUAUCUGUCGGUGAAGCCUUUACCAUGGGUGACCUCAAUAAAUAUAUAUAUCUAUCUCAUAUCCUUUGGAUUAAUAUAUUCAAUUAGUGAUUUAGAUAUUAUUUUAUUGAAAGCUUAAUAUAGGUAUUUAUCUGUGUGUGUGUAUGUGUAUAUAUAUGUGUGUGUGUGUGUGUGUAAUAUAUAUAUAUAUAUAUAUAUAUAUAUAUAUAUAUAUAUAUAUAUAUAUACACACACAUAACUGAGCAAACUAUAAUUACCUAGCUACAUAUAUACUAUAGUUUACAAAAGAGUUGCUCAACCUGUGUAUAUAUUACUCUUAUUAUUUUAUUUAUAUUUUAUUUGAACGAGUGUCUUUUUGAAGGUUUCAUAUAGUCAGUCUAUAUAGAGUAUGCAGUGUGUCUUGUUCAUUAUCCUAUCAGGAUUUUUUUUUUUUUUUAAAGUAUCAAUUAAAAUUAUUUGGUUUUAAUUUUGGAUUAUCUAUUAUGUAAAGCCAUUAAUUUUUUUCAUUUUUUCUUCUUUUGUUAAAUCCACAUCGGGGUUAACCCCAAAAAGGAGGUCUGUAAUGCUCUUUUGGCUCCAUUUCUCUUCCAUAUUUCCUUUUUUGUCUUUCAGACUGUUUAAAAAAAAAAAAAUGCACCUUAGAAUGUAUUGUACCUGCUUAUUUGUUAAAAAGAAAUGUUUUUUUUAAAUGUAUCACUAUUACUCUGUUUACUAAGCUUAACAAUGGCCCACGUGUAAUGAAAGCUCUCAUUUACUGUGCCUUUGGUAUAAAUUAAAUGUGAACUCAUUCUAGCAUUUGUGCUGGAUUCUUAUUUAUUCAGCAUGGCAGACCUCUGGAUACAGUUAAACUGCACAAGGGUACAUCUUUCAUGGCAGCAUAAAAACUAUCUCCAGUCAGGAUUUAGACACAUAAUCAUCCAUGGCAACAUGACUGCAUCCAGUUACAUUUAGAAGGCUAAACUUCCUAAACUCCACAUUUUUAUACUUGAACCUAAAGGAUGGAAAACAUCAUGUACUUCAAAAGGUUUAAGGUUAUGUGGAGAAAAGUGCUAUGCCCAUAAAUGUAUUAAGUAUAUUAAAGGGAAGCUAUAGGCACCUUUAUCUCAUUGAAGUGGUCUUAGUGCAGUGUCUCUGCCCCACUUAGUCUUGCAACGUUAAACAUUGCAGUACUAAGACAGCCACAAGAGGAGUUUCCAGAACUUACUGGACUUCGGAUUGCCUAAAUGACGCUAGACGUCCUCAUGCUCUGCAAUGCUUUCCUUUGGGCAUUAUACGCUUGUGGCACUUAACGCGCAUUCGCUUUAGUUUCCCCCGUUGGAUGACAUCGAAGGAGGUGGAGAGCUGACCCAAUGCCAGCAGACAUCAGAACUGGAAUCAGGUGACUAAAUAAAUGUGGGGGCUUUUUUUUUGUUAACCUGUUUUGUGAGGGAGAAAAGGGUUGGGAGGGAUGUUGUGGCCAGAGGACUCUAUAGUAUUCCUUACACUAUAGAAUCCCUUUUAAGGAAAGAAAAAUACAUUUUAAUAGUGCCUCACAGGAUCUUCAAAACCCCUACAAAAAAUAAAUAAUAAUAAAAAAAAAAACCUCUAUAGAAAAAUGGCAAUUGUUUUUUUUGUUUGUUUGUUUGUUUUUUUUAAUUUAUAAACAUAUACAAAUACAUUUUGCUGGAUAUACUAAGCAAAUUAUAAAAUAAAACAUUUUUAUAUUGGAGAGAACAAAAAAUGGACAAAGCAGACAGUAAGUGCAAUACUCGUCAUGCACAUCAUUUUUUUUCAUGACAGGUGCACUUUAACAUUUAAACCUACAUAAUUCUUGAAACAUUUACUCCUUUUUAUCUAGAGGCUAAAUAAUUACAACCAAGAAAACGUUCUAUCAGCGUCAUUCUACCACACCCUCUAAAUUACCUGAAAGAAUCCUCUAUGACCUGUCUAUAUAAAGAGCUCAUAGCAUCAUACCAAGCAUCAUCAACCAGUUUCAUAUUCUGAUCAGUACUCUGCAAGGUAAGAAAAUCAAGGAGACAGGAGAUGGCAAUCAUUUCUAGUGAUAAUAUGGACAUUACUGUUAAUGUUUUGCAUGGACACUAGAAUUGUGACUUGUAGAAUUGUAAUUGUAACAUUUAUUUACUUUGAAGAAACUUCAAUAUCUAUGAAAUAAUAUAUCUUAAAAAUAUCAGGAAGUAUUACUUUACUGAGAGGGUAGUGGAUGCAUGGAAUAGCCUUCCAGCUGAAGUGGUAGAGGUUAACACAGUAAAGGAGUUUAAGCAUGCGUUGGAUAGGCAUAAGGCUAUCCUAACUAUAAGAUAAGACUAGGGAUUAAUGAAAGUAUUUAGAAAAUUGGGCAGACUAGAUGGGCCGAAUGGUUCUUAUCUGCCGUCACAUUCUAUGUUUCUAUGACUAACUUAGGAAAUGUGUUAAAUGACAAUUUAAAAAGAAGACAGACAUAGAGAUACAUUUUAAUUUUGAAAUGAUAACAUUUUAGUGGUCUUGUGUUACAUAUUGUUACUUGGUGCACCAUAUUAAAUAUUAUGAACAUUAUGGGAAAUAGUUUAUUAUGGGAAAGUAGUGCAACCAAACGAUUCCCCAAAUUGCGUUAUUUUCUCUUAAUGCUCUCUUCAGCAUUAUGUAACAUGUAUAUUACAUUGGUGUUAGAGGGUUACGACUAGGGAUAAAGUAAGGGCUAGUGUCUGAAUUUAGGCAAUGGUUUGUGUUAGGGCUAGAAUUAGAAUUAGAGUCAGGUACCCUUUAUAUUUAAUAUAGCACUGGGACAUAUAUGUCCCACAUUAUCUGGUGGGAGUUCCAACUCCUGGGAAUCAGCUUUCGACAAACAAUCAACUCAUUUUCCAGUGAUGUACUGAAUGAAGAGCUUGGGAAGAUUGAGAUACAAUGUUUCUGUCUCCUCAGCUACUCUCCUCUCAUAUCCUUAUCAGAUGCAGGUUCAAUUAAAAUAAAAGUGGCUUAAAGUAUAAAACACCCAUGAAUCUCAGGCAGACUGGAAAACAUGUGCCCUGAUCUGGCUUUGAUGUUAGGGCCAUUAUAUAUCUGUCAUACUAUUUAUAAUAUAUUAAAUAUUGAUUUACCAGGUAAAGAAAAUAUAUAUUUUUUGCUUUUAUAUUAAUAUUAACAUACAAUGCCCUUUCUUUUCUUAGGAUCUGUGCCUGUGUGACCAUGAAGACAUUUCUUUGGCUGCUUUUAGCUCUAUUUGGAGUGGCUUUAGGUAAGAUACAGUGACCAUUCUUGCAUUAUAUUGGUGAUCAAACAUAAAAAAACCUAUAGUAGAACAUAUCUGCUACUCAUAGGCAUGCACAGUACACUUUAUUAGGAGGAGCAAAAAGAGAAAAUAACCAUACAACCUGCAUUUAAAAAUGCUAAUGAAAACAAUUAAGUAAAAAAAGUUUUGCUCUAAUAACCAGUUGUUUACAUAGGUACUCAUGAUUUAUUCUUCAAAAAUAUAGCAAGCUAAUCCAAUUUCAUGAGAAAAAUUGCCAAUGGAAAUCUAAAUGAAGAUAGGGAGGACAAACUAGAGCUGCAUUAUGGGGUGCGUAGGCAAGUCUUGCACACCCUUUAUGAACACGUAUUCCACUGCUGUCUAGACUAAACUGUGCUGAAUAAAAAUGUCAAAUAUAAAUGUUUUCUAUAUAUUGUUGUCAUUUGUAGAAACCUAAUGUUAGUGAAAUAAGUGAUCCUGAAACAGCAAUUAAUUUCAGUAAAGUUGCGGUAUUAAAUUUCUGGCUACAGAGUGCAGCAAAAUGGUCAUUAGUACCACGUGUAUUUCUAGUAAAAUACUAAAGUAUUCAAUCUGGGUGCAGAUGCAGAAUAAAAUUGCUAUACCUGGCUACCUUGGUCAUUGGUAGAUUGCUAAAAACACACCUAUAUACAUCUCAAUUUAUGAAAGAGGAGCAAUUUUGAAUUAGAGGUGAGGACGUAUGGCAACUGGGUUUUUCUGCAACAUUUUAUGUAAUUUUUGAUAAUGUGCUGAUGUUAUUUUAUUACCUAAAAAAGCAUUUAGAAUGCAUCAAAAAUCGUUUUUUUAUUUUUUUUAUUUAUUUCCCCAUAUGGCAGAAAGGAUAGACAAGGGGAUUUGCAUCCCAUAGUGUAUGUAACUAUGGCGGGGUUAUGGAAUAGAUUUGAAAACUAUAGUAGCAGUUCCUUCCUUUCACCAUAGUAUUGGGCCUGGUUCCACAGUAAAGCUUUAUUGUUUACUGAAAUUUGGGAUGUGGUAGAGAGGACUAUUCUGCGGUUUGUUCUGCAGUCUGUCUCAGUUUAACCUUAGUGACACAUACUACAUGGACAUGGAAUAAAAUAAAGUUCAGACAAGGUUAAUUAAAUAGUGCAUGAAAAGGUGAGCUCUCUAUUCAUCUUUCUCUCUAUACAGUUUCUUCUGCAAAUGCAACCUGUGCCAGUGAUGAAAUAGCGGACAGCACAAAUACUACCUGCAACUGUAAUGCAUCAAAAUACAACUCAUCAGGUAAAGUAGACCAGUGAAUACUGUACAUUUCAAUAUUCUGUGAUCUCAUAUGAUGGCCAUUAAACCAUUAAAGUAUUCAUGAUAACAAUUAGUUGGACAUUUAGUUUUGAUUCAUAUACUAGAAGAUGAAAAUCUGAAAUUAAUUAAUACACAGCCUAACUCACUGUAUAGUGAACAUGGGCUGUGUUUUAGCAUACACUGAACCACAAGACCAUACAUACGCAAUCCGUGGCUCAGCUGUCUCUCCUAUUGUAUGUGAGAGCGCUGUAUACAUAAUGGGGACACAUUUAACACUGGCAACCUGAAAGAAUUUUCCAGGCUGCCUUAUUGACAACCCCGGAGGGCUGUUUUAUAUUGGCAGUGAUUUUUACAAGUCACUGCUACUAUGACUCACUCUCAGCAAUGAUUGGAUAAAAAGUGCUUAUGGUUUUAAACCAACAGAACAAAAACAAUCUGAUAUAACUACGCAAAUAAUGUUUUAAAUGAUCAAACUGUUGUGAAAACCACCUACUUCUUGUUUUGGGAAAGAAAAAUUACAGAUCUUGACUUUAACCCUUCAAAUAUUUUUUAGUGACUCCACCAGCACCAAUCCUUCAGUGCACUGGGGGAAACAUGAAGAUAUCCAUAUCUAAAUGUCAACUGGAGAUUAGUCAAUUUGACUCUUCCAAUUUACAUUUGAAUAACUCAACUGAUGUCAACUGCUCAGCAACAUAUGAGAUUAUUAAUGGUACUUCCCAAGUUGUUUUUAUAUCACCGCUGAAAACUGGCUCCUGUGGUAAUGUAGUAACAGUAAGUACACAACUAAUAAAAUAUGUGUUUAAAACAGCAUGGAUAAUAAGAUCAGCUUAUCUAUAUCAAAAACAAAUGUACCCAUAAAUAAUACAUAUCUUCUUCAUUCAACAUUAGUCCACUUAGUCAUGCAGGUUUAUUCACUAAAGUGAAACUAGUGCAUUCACACUGAGUUCAAAGUGAAUUUCAAAACGUAGGUCAAAAAUAGAAAUAUAAAGAUUCUACAUGUCAAUUGUGUAUUGAAUUUUGUCAUUUUAGCAUUGUGUUAAAGAAGAUUUUGCUUCUUCUUCAAGGUUUCAAAUUAUAAUCUAUCCAAAUCAGGCUGAUAUGUCUUAGAAUAACCUGUUAUAACUCUACCAUAUGGCACACUAGCUCUGUUUUUUGGGGGGAUUAGAGGCCCUAGUUAUUUAGGCAUUUAUUUAAACACUAUACUAGGCCUUGAUUUAAAACUAAAGUGAGAAUUCAAAGUGAAUUCUAUGUGCAUUUCAAAAUCAAGCUAAAAUAACUAGAAAUAUUCUCCAAGUGAACUAUGUGUUCUGUUUGGCUUCUUAGGCCUAAAUUUGGAAUUCUCUUAUAAUUUACUUUAUAUCCUCACUUUUAUAAAUAAUAACAGAAAAUCUCUCUAUUUAUGCGAUUGUGGCCUACAUUUUGAAAUUCACUGUGAAUUCAUUAUGAACAUAUCUAGGCCUCAAUCUAUGGAUAAACAUUUAAAUUUUUUUAAUAUUUAUGAACCAUUUUUAAAAUGUUAUUUUUUUUCCAAAUACUAAUAUAUCAAAAAUUGUACAAUGUAUAAAAAGAUAUCAACAUAUCAAUAAAUAUUAAAAGCCUUUUUUUAAAAAUUGUAAUUAUUUUAAAAGUAUCAAACAAAUGUACUUACUUGAAAAUCUUAUCCAAAAGUUUUAAAUAAAUGCCUUUGUCCAUUACAUUAUUUCAGUAAUAACAGUCUUUUGAAAGUCUAUUCAGUAAACAGUGAGCUCUGGCUACUUAUAAGAUGACUGGCAAAAUUUAGGGUAAAAUGAGAAAAUUGGGGAAAAAAGUCAGGAGCAUAUGAGAUUCUCUUAUGAAGGUCCAAAUGGUCCGAGUCUGUCCUCUAGUUUACAUCUAAAUUCUAAAGUUAAAUCGACAACUUAUCUCAACUCAUUGUUUAGUGAAAAACUCGUAAACUUGUAUUUUGUAAAGCUGGCAUGAUAGACUUCUCUAACAAAUGUUUUUUUUUUGUUUGUUUGUUUUCAUUUCCACAGGCAAAUAAUAGUAAUGUUACUUACAGUAAUACUUUGUACAUUAGUCCCAAGAUAAGUAACAUAGUAAGCAGAAAUUAUUUCAAUGUGAGCUUUUCUUGCUCCUUCCCAUUGAACAUUUCAGUUGCUCUUAACUCAACCUUAAAGCCGAUAAUAGGGUAAGUACCAGCCAUACAUUCAGCUCCAUAUACAUUCCAUAUAUUAGUGAUGGUUAAGUCUGUCUCUUGUGGGAUCAAGUAACGAAUGAUAGAUUAUGCAUCAGGGGAACACAGGUCAAGACAGUUGGUGUGCAAAAAGUUAGCCAUUAUUAUCAAAAACAGCCAUUUCAAAAUUUGUUUGGUAUCAUUAUUCCCUUACUGGCAUGCUAGGGGUGGUUUAUCAAGUAAUACAGGUGCUAUUCAGGGUGCCAAAUGCUGCAUUGAGGAUCAUUCUAUUGGUUUCCAUGGCAAUUGUUCUUUAAUUAGCACUAUGUUCUCAAAUAGUACCUGCGUUUGCCUUGAUAAAUGUCCGCCAAUACUAAGUGUAGGUCUGCUGUUUCUGAAUGGUCUUACAUUGCAGUACCUCUCCAUAUUUCCAACCACUCUAAAUGUGACCCACUAAAAGAUGAACUGGCCAUUAUUAUUUCUUUCUUUUAACAAUGUGUAUUUCUGUUUGUCAUCUCAGACUCUUGGCUUAGUUUUUCUACAUGAGAGAUGCUCUCAAAGUUGCCUGUUUGCUACGUUGUUUCCCAAUAACGUCUGCAAAGCAAAAAAGCACUCCAUGCAUGGUUUAAGUGUCCGCUAAUGAUAUGCUCGCACUUUGGUGCCCGAGGACAUUUCCCAGGUUUUUCCCAGAUGUUGGACACUAGGAAACUUAAGCAGGACAGCACCUCAAAUUCAGGACUGUCCUGUCAAAGGCUGGAUAGUUAGGGGCCUGGUACAAUAGCAUAAAAGCAAUCUUACAUUACAAUGACAGAGAAGAAUGUAAGGUGCUUUACUACUUUCUAAAUAGGUUUUGUGAUUUGUUUACUUAGUGCCCCAUUUCUGCAAAAUAAAGAGCAAUGUUAUUAAGCAGGGGUAUGGUUGGUAUAGCAUUAGGUGGGGUUAAUGCAGAGUUAGUGUUAGCUACCAAAAGUUAAUUUAGAUCCUUGGCAUAUGAGGGAUUUCACAAUCAGGACUGAUAUGUGAAUCUAUGUUGGGCUCUUUUCAUUUAGUCGCACUGGUAUUCUGAAAAUAUAAAUAAUAAAACUAUAUGUUUUUCACACUUAAACGGACACUAUAGUCACCAGAACAACUACAGUUUAUUGAAUUUGUUCUGGUGAGUAGAAUCAUUACCUUCAGGCUUUUUGCUGUAAACACUGUCUUUUCAGAGAAAAUGCAGUGUUUACAUUACAGCCUAGUGAUAACUCCACUGGCCACUCCUUAGAUAGCUGUUAGAUCCUUCCUGGGUCAUGGCUGCCUAAAAUGCUCCCAAACAUUCAGUGUCUCCUCCCUCUGCAUGCAGACACUGAACUUUCGCCAUAGAGAUUCAUUGAUUAAAUUCAUCUCUAUGAGGAGAUGCUGAUUGGCCAGGGCUGUGUUUGAAUCAUGCUGGCUCUGCCCCUGAUCUGCCUCUUUGUAAGUCUCAGCCAAUCCUAUGGGGAAGCAUUGUAAUUGGAUCGGGCUGCCACUUCUGCUGAUGUCAGCAGGCAGUGGUGGGCAGGUCUAAAGGAAACCGGAACGGAGCCAGCAGCUCCAGACUUGAAUACAAUAAGAUUUCUAUAUUUAGGGAGGCAUGAGGGGCUCAGGGUGGCUAGAUGGUGAUUUUAACCCUAUAGGGUCAGGAAUACAUGUUUGUGUUGCUGACCCUAUAGUGUUCCUUUAACAUUGUUUUAGGUAUACAUAUAGGAUAUUAAAUUUGAAAAAGUACUUUUUGUCCUUUAAAACCAGUAUAUAAUGUGUGUGGGGCACUUACAAAGCCUCCAUCCUGAAGGGGUUAAACACAGUUACAAGAUAAUAAAAGCAGCAUCAUUAAUACUGUCACAAAAGUUUAUCUAAUGUUCAUUCAAAUUUAGCAAACAUAUUUUGAGCAGAGAGUAUAUAAUGCAUGUAUUUCCUUUUUUUUGUUUUUAGGUCCACACAGAUAACUGUCCCUGAGGUAAAUGCUGUGUACACAGUAAACAUGCUGGCCUUUGUAAAGGAUGAUUUUACAUCACCAUUAACAGAGGAAUAUGCACUGUAUGUGGAAGACAAUGUAUAUAUUUCAGUGAACAUACCUGACUUGGAUGGCAAUGCAUUUUCACUCAUAGUGGACAGUAUAUAUGCAUAUCCAGAUAACAGUAACACCACAUCAUAUGAGCUUCUUUCCAAUGGGUAUGUAUCAGAAGUAUAAUGUAUCACCUGUUAAUGGCAUGGUUAGACUAUACCAGAAUCCAUAGCACUUACACAAACAAUCUCAUAUUUCUUUAACCAAAUUAAGCAAACAUGCUUUUUAAAUUAAUAUUAUCCUCCCUUCGUUUUAAAUAAAUAAAUUAAAAAGUUUCUUAAAACCUGUAAUCCAGCACAGACUCCUUGGAGCAACCAAUUCACCUUUGGUGAGGUCACCAAGAUUACAUUGCUUCUCAACACACUCUGCCAAUCAGAUGAGAUUCAUGGAUAAGCAUUACAUUUGGGACUUCCAUAUGAUAUACAUUAACAGCAUAUAGAAUUAUCAUGAUUGAUUUUAAAGGAGGAAGUGCCACUAAUGACUGUCUCUCUGACAGCUGCUAGACAUGUGUUUCCUGACAAAUGUAAAUAUUUUUGUUUGUCAGAAAUGGCUUACAUUUGUGAGAGAAAAGGGACAGUGUCUAUGCACCAAAAUCACUACAUUAAGAUAUAGUGGUUUUGGUGCUUACAGUGUUUCUUUAAAUGUUUCCGUUUUCCAGAAUUGGUGCCCUUUGAGAAGCCCAAUGUUUAAUCAUACACAAUUUGUUUGCAACUAUGUUUAUGUUUGUUUUUACUUUCGUUAAUCUGGGAUCUUUCAACUUUGUAACGUCAUGUCCAUUUAUUUCUUCUGUUGCUACAACAUGUGCAGCAAUGAGGGUGUUGACAAACAUGCAGGGCUCCUCAUGAUCCCCAAAUAAACAGUACUGACCCUUUAUUUCUUUACUUGCAUAAAAUGUAUUUGAAUGGUUGUGACAUAAGGGUCAGUUACACAAACUCAUACACAUUCUUUUAAGUGUGGGUAAAGCUAGGUAUGGUUUUCUUGGUGGGACAAUUGGCUCGGUAGUAUUAAAAUUAACUAUUUACUGUUUCUAGAUGCCCAGCUGGAGGUCUUACUAGUGGUCUAAUGUCAGUGGUAAAUAAUGGAAAUGGUACUGAAGCACGUGUCAUUAUGAAAGCCUUUCAAAUUACUGGCUCGACCACUGUCAGUCUUCGUGCAGUAGUAAAAAUCUGUAAUGCCACCUGUGUUCCGGUAAGAUUUUACCCACAGUGUUAAAAUUAUUUACUUUAUUAUUUAUAACAUAACAAAUCCAAUAAAACUUUGUAUGACGUAGAGUAAUAGUUGCAUGAAUAAUUUAUACCAAAUAUACACAAAAUUAAUUUUACUAUAUAAAGUUUAUACAUAGGUUGAGCCUUGGUGCGUGUAGUAAUGUAUCAAAUUAGGAAGGUCACAUUACCCACCAUAUUGGUAUAAAGUCCAUAAGUUUAAUCAAUUACAUCAGAAAGCUUACCAAACUUCAGCAUUUAACCCUAAAACUGCUCCAGUCUUGCUAUGAUAUAUAUGAAUCCCCAUAUAAUUUCUAAAAAUAUAUUUAAAAUAUCUCCAAAACUGUAUAGUAAGACACUAAAAGCUAUACUUCAUUUGAGGAUAAAAGAGAGAGACGGAUCACAUAUGCACGCUAUUUAUAAAUUUGUCUGUAAAUGUAUAUAUCGUUCUCUCUAAUGUUGCUUUAAUCGUGAUCUUGGCAUUGUUACCAUGUUGUUACUUAUGGAAUCUUCACACAUUCAUGCACACAUAUGCAUACUAUUUAUAUAUUUUUUUUAUAUAUUUUUUUUUAUUACAGACCUGUAAUGUCAGAGCUGAUUCUCCAGCUGGAUCGCAGAAUAGUGCAGAAGUUACGUUGACAUUAAAUGCACAGGGUAAGUAACAUUGAUGAUAUGGUUAUCAUAGAGGUUGACUGUUUGCAUUUAACACUAGAAACAGUUAAAAUGAUACAGUGAUCCCAAACACUUUUAACACAGACUUCCUGAAAGUUGCAGUGAUUGUUGACCAGACAUGUUUAUCACAAACUGGACCUCAGAGAAAUUGAUUGUCUACAAACUGUUUAGAUGGAACAUAUCAUAGGUUAUUCACUAAACCAUGAAUUGCUGGCAUUCACCCGGUAAUCAUGUAAUUACAAAUUCCUAGGGUACUGCCAACCCCUCUGCUUCCCACAUCAUCAUACAGGUCUAGAGCCGAUGGCCAAUCCAAUGCUCAUCAUAGAGCAUGUGCUGGCAAUGCUUUCUAAGAGCUGUCUCAUCACGUGACAGAGUUUUACUCAGCCAGGGCAGCAGAAGGGCCUCUAGGCGCUGACUGGAAGACAAGCACUGGAGGUGUGUUUUUAGGCCUUAAACUUCCAAUCCCUUGGUGAAUUACUCUGAAAGAUUAGAAACGCUACAAAAACCUUUGUGAACCUACUAAUGGCUGCAUAUGUUCGAUGGUUGUCAUGUCACUAACCUGGACAUUACUUCAGAAAGAACAUGUUACUAAAUACUUCAAGCUAUGCAGUGAAAUGUAUUAAAUCACUCGUCAGUAAAAGACUGUUUUGAAGUAAUGAGUAAAAAUAAAUUAUGUGAAAUUUGAAUUAACAAAAAGAUCAAAGACAUGGGGCAUCUCUCACAUCAAUAGCAGAUUUAAAAAAAGAGAAAACCAUACAUAUGUUUACAUUAUAGUCCUAUGUUUAACAUGCAAAGCUUAAAGGACCACUAUAGUGCCAGGAAAACAUACUCGUUUUCCUGGCACUUAGAGCCCUGAGGGUGCCCCCACCCUCAGGGUCCCCCUCCCGCCGGGCUGGAUCGAGAGGAUAGGGUUAAAUCUUACCUUUUUUUCCAGCACCGGGCAGGGAGCUCUUCUCCUCCUCUUUGGCUGAAUGCGCAUGCGCGGCAGGAGCCGCGCGCGCAGCCAGUCCAUAGGAAAGCAUUCAUAAUGCUUUCCUAUGGACGCUGGUGUCUUCUCACUGUGAUUUUCACAGUGAGAAGCACGCAAGCGCCUCUAGCGGCUGUCAAGAGACAGUCACUGGAGGCUGGAUUAACCCUAUUAUAAAUAUAGCAGUUUCUCUGAAACUGCUAUGUUUAUAAAAAAAAAAAAAAGGGGUUAACCCUAGCUGGACCUGGCACCCAGGCCACUUCAUUAAGCUGAAGUGGUCUGGGUGCCUAUAGUGGUCCUUUAAGCUUUCUAUAUGUUAGUUCAUUGUGCAGAUUUUGUAUAUUGGUAGAUUAAAAUACAUACAGGUUAAUAAAUACUGAAAUGUGAUGCUUAAUAAAUAUUUGUAAUAGAGUUUACAUUUAUAAACUUACACAAAACGGCUUGUUUUACAGAUGCAACUGGCGAUUCAUCAGGCGCUCUUGACAGUAAGCAAAUAAGUUAUACCUCUCUUUAUAAUAGUUGUUAAUUACAAAUUAUAAAUAUAUAUAUAUAUAUAUAUAUAUAUAUAUAUAUUAACUGUACUGGUUCCUUGAUCCUGAUAAUGUAAAAUUACUGUAGAUAUAGAAACAUGCACAUGUAUCGCUGUGCGUUGUGUACAAUUCUUAAUUCACUUACAUGAAACACAUACAGGUAAAGGUGGAGAAAGCUUACAGGUUGUUCUCAACUAUUUCAAUAAUUGUAUUGUACCAGUGCUUACUACAUGAUCAUAUGCCUUCAGUUUGCAACAUGUAAUGGCUCGCUAUAAAACCUUCCAUGUUCCAUCAUUGUUUAUUGUAUUUUACUCUAUUCACUAGAUGUAAAUUGAAGGUUCAUUGUCCACCUCCCAACUUUUCAUUGAUUUGACUUCAUUAGCAUACCUUCUAUUUGGCAUAUAUUGGUUUUGUAAGAAAUAUGUAUAUCAUCCUUGGGUUCUAACAGGAGAUGAGAAAAAUCAUCAAAGUGUUACCUUUAUAUUAUUAGUGAACUUUGUAAGUCUUACUGUUGUAUAGACCAUGUCCACAUGCUUAACAUAUUUAUAUAUUACAUUGAAUUUGAUUUUACAAAUCUAAUAUUACAUCAAAAUUAAACCAACUUUCUUUUUAUUUUUGCAGGAUUUUCCAUGCCCUGGACUCUUUGUUUACUUCUCAUGUCUCUAAUGUUUGUUAGCUUCAUGUAACAUUCUUACAGACCCUCUAAAGAAUACAGGCUGUGUCACGUUUCCACUAUUUAAAUUCUUUUGUAUAUUAGCUAUCUUAAUUCAGCUUAAUAAUUAUCAUUGCUUAAUUUACUAAAGACUUAAACAGUGCUGGGCUUUGUCCUGUCUCAGUAAGUAUGUCAAGCUGGACAUGAUUCUUUACAAAAAUUUGGAAUGUUUUAAAUGUUUAUCUAUGAGGUGCAUUUAUUUAUUUUACCUAUCCCUUUCUACUUAAAUAAUCUUCACAUUGUAUACAUUUCUUGUAUAUUUUCUAUCACAUAAUAAAUUGCAAACUAAUUAUACAUUGUCUUAUUUUGCUCAUUUUAACUUGUGUCUGUGUAUCAAAAGUUGAGGACAUCAGGUUCAUUAGUAGUGAAAUUGAUA